UUAGUCUGUGAAGCUACACAUGCUACCCCUGAGAUCCCAGUGUUCCUCAACCCUUCUGCUCUCCUUCUGGCUGGAGUUCACAUCACUUGGAAACCAAACUUUCACUUGGAAAUUCACCUGAAAAUUGAAAGGUCUGCCAUCAAAGGUGUGUGAAGCUGUAACCAUGGCAGAAGUACAGGACAAAACCAACAAACUCAGCUUCUGGAUGCCGGGUAACUACGCCCCUACAGUGCACAGGACUCAGGACUCAUUCCAUGUGUGUGAUGUCAUGGUGGACUGUUUUAAAGACCGGGCUCAAGUAGAGAAACACUACGCUCAACAACUCACUGAGUGGAGCAACAAGUGGAAAAAAAUAACCGACUCCAGGCCGAUGUACGGGUCCCUCUUGAGGGCAUGGCAGUGUUUUUUCUCCUCUGCUGAGCGUCUGUCUGUUCUGCACACAUCUAUCUCUCACUCCCUUAUUUCGGAGGAUGGGCAGCACAUUCGUUCCUGGCAGAAGGAAGCAUUUAAGAGGAAGAUGUUUUGUGGCUUUCGUGAGUCACAUAACCUGAAGCGAGAGUUUGCACGUGCUCAGAAGCCCUGGAUCAAAAAACUCAAGAAGCUAGAGAAAGCACAGCGGGCGUAUCAUAAAUCGUGUCAAAAGGAGCAGAAUGUGUUGAAUAAAGAAAGUCAGGCCAGAAACAAUGUCAACCAAAAUGAACACACACUCAACAAACUCCAGCAGGCCAAGAAGACUGCGGAGCAGGACAGAGAACAGGCAAGAGAACACUAUGUGAAGGUUCUGGAUGAUCUGAUUGGCUACGCUCCACGCUACAUGGAGGAAAUGGAAUCCGUAUUCGACCAGUCACAGGAGCAGGAGAGAAAGAGAAUCAGCUUCCUAAAAAACACACUGUUGUCCAUACACACACAUCUGGACAUCACCAACAAUCACAAUGUGCAGGCCGUGUACAGUGACCUGUUACACACACUCAUGUCAAUCAAUGAGCAGGAAGAUUUGCAGUGGUGGAGAAACAACCACGGCCCAGGAAUGAACACACGCUGGCCCACACUGCAGGAGUGGGUUCCUCCAAGUAAGAAGCAGAAACAUAUUAAGAAACCAUAUCCACAGAUUGAGGAGGCAAAAGGUGUGAUGAUUGGAGGAGUGCGUGUUCGAGCUCUGUAUACCUAUGUUGGGGAGGAUGAGGACGAGCUCUCCUUCAAAGCAGGGGAAGAGUUUCUGAAGGUGGAAGAUGAAGACGAACAGGGCUGGUCUCGUGGAAUUAAAGAAGGGGGAGUGGAAGGCUAUUAUCCAGCCAAUUAUGUUCUGCCAGUGCAGUGACAUCAUCACUACAGUUCCUGUCAAAAUUGAUAAUAAGUAUGCUUCAGCAAGCCAUGGAAGUUUAUUACCAUCUGUAAACACACACACACACACACAAUUACAUACACAUACAAACACACACACACAAUGAACAAUAAACAAAAAUUUGUGAGAUUUAUCAUUAUCUCCAAGUGGGCUCUUAUAUUAUACGGCUCAGAUUAUAAAUUCUUGCUGCCCCCUGUUGUACAAAAUGUUGGACACAGCAGCUGAAUGUGUGUUAGUGGGAAAUAGUGGCAAGAUGUUUAAUAAAUUUCCCCUGAAAUUA